GUAUUACAACUAUAGAAGCUAAGUUGGAAGAAUUAUGCCUAUAUUAUAGUCAAAUUGAUACUAUUUAUAGUGAAAAACAAAAUGUUCAACCUACAUUUCUUGAGAAUUUUGGAUUAAACAAUGAAGAUAAUAUAA